AAAGAAGAAGAAUUAUUACUUAAAAUUUCAAAAGUGCGGUUAUAGUUGUUAAAAUGUAUUUACUUUUCACAUUCGUCUGAAAUAUGCUAAAAAAUGUCUAAUAAAGUGGUAACCAAUACUUUUCGUAGCGUUUUCAAAACUGUUGAUAAAGAAUUAUUAAGAUGGUUUCCGGGUCAUAUGGAAAAGGGUUUGAAACAAAUGCAAAAUAAAAUAAGGUCCGUAGAUUGUUUAAUAGAAGUACAUGAUGCUCGAAUACCUUUAUCUGGUAGAAAUGCAGAUUUUAAAUAUACAGUGAGCGGAGUAAAGCCUCACAUUCUGGUUCUUAACAAAGUAGACUUGAUAGAUCGUCAUUAUCAACAUAUUAUAGAAGAGAAAUUGAAAAACGAAUAUCAGCAUAUAAUAUUUACUCAUUGCCGAAAUCAAGAUUGUCCUGGAAUCAAACAAAUAUUCCCUUUAGCACAAAAAUUGAUUAACCAAUCAGAUAGAUUCAAUAGAAUUGCAGAAGAAGAUUAUAAUAUUAUGAUUAUUGGAAUUCCUAAUGUGGGAAAGUCGUCAGUAAUAAACGCAUUAAGAGUUAAAUAUUUAAAUAAGGGCAAAGCCACAAGUGUUGGUGCUACCCCAGGAGUAACAAGGAGUGUUCUACAUAAAAUAAAAUUGAGUGACAAACCUUUGUUUUAUAUGUUUGAUACACCAGGAAUUUUGUCACCUACAAUUUCCAGUGUCGAAACGGGAUUAAAGUUGACAUUAUGUGCUACGAUGGCAGAUCAUUUUGUAGGCGAGAGAAUAUUGUCAGAUUAUCUUCUUUAUUGGUUAAAUAAAAAUAACCAUUUUGACUAUGUUACGUAUUUUGGACUAAGUGAUGCAAGUGAUAAUAUUUUAGAAGUUUUAACUCAUAUUGCUAAGAGCAAGAAAAAAAAUAUAAGACUUAGAGAUCAAACAAAUAAUUAUAUUAUUAGACCCGAUUUGGAUGGAGCUGCACAAAUUAUGUUGAGAGCAUUUAGGGUAGGGAAUUUAGGAAAAAUAAUGUUAGAUGAAGAUUUACUUGUGUAACAGUGUUUAUAGUAAAUAAUGUAGAAUAUUUUAAUAAAUGAUUGA